AUGCCCAGCGCCAACGCCAGCCGCAAGGGUCAGGAGAAGCCGCGGGAGAUCAUGGACGCGGCGGAAGAUUAUGCUAAAGAAAGAUAUGGAGAAUCUUCAAUGAUUCAGUCUCAAGAAAAACCAGAUCGAGUUUUGGUUCGGGUUAGAGACCUGACAGUACUAAAAGCUGAUGAAAUUGUUUGGGUUCGUGCAAGGGUUCAUACCAGCAGAGCGAAAGGGAAACAGUGCUUCUUAGUCCUACGUCAGCAGCAGUUUAACGUUCAGGCUCUUGUGGCUGUGGGAGACCAUGCAAGCAAGCAGAUGGUUAAAUUUGCUGCCAACAUCAACAAAGAGAGUAUCGUGGAUAUAGAAGGUGUUGUGAGAAAAGUAAAUCAGAAAAUUGGAAGCUGUACACAGCAAGAUAUUGAGUUACAUGUUCAAAAGAUUUAUGUGAUCAGUUUGGCUGAACCUCGUCUGCCCCUGCAGCUUGAUGAUGCCAUUAGGCCAGAAGUGGAAGGAGAAGAGGAAGGGAGAGCUACUGUUAACCAAGAUACAAGACUAGACAACAGAGUUAUUGAUCUGAGGACAUCAACCAGUCAGGCCGUCUUCCGUCUCCAGUCUGGCAUCUGCCAUCUCUUUCGAGAAACGUUAAUUAACAAAGGUUUUGUGGAAAUCCAGACUCCUAAAAUUAUUUCAGCUGCCAGUGAAGGAGGAGCCAAUGUAUUCACUGUGUCCUAUUUUAAAAGUAAUGCAUACCUGGCUCAGUCCCCACAGCUGUAUAAGCAGAUGUGUAUUUGUGCUGACUUUGAGAAGGUAUUCUGUAUUGGACCAGUAUUCAGAGCUGAAGACUCCAAUACCCACAGACAUCUGACUGAAUUUGUUGGUUUGGAUAUUGAAAUGGCUUUUAAUUACCAUUAUCAUGAGGUUGUAGAAGAAAUUGCUGACACCUUAGUCCAGAUAUUCAAAGGACUUCAAGAAAGGUUUCAGACUGAGAUUCAAACAGUGAAUAAACAGUUCCCAAGUGAGCCAUUCAAGUUCUUGGAGCCAACAUUAAGACUGGAUGAGGCACUGGCUAUGCUUAGGGAAGCUGGCAUUGAAAUGGGAGAUGAAGAAGAUCUGAGCACACCAAAUGAAAAGCUGUUGGGUCGUUUGGUAAAGGAAAAGUAUGAUACAGAUUUUUAUAUUCUUGAUAAAUACCCGUUGGCUGUACGACCUUUCUAUACCAUGCCUGACGCAAGAAAUCCUAAACAAUCCAACUCUUAUGACAUGUUCAUGAGAGGGGAAGAAAUAUUGUCAGGAGCUCAAAGAAUUCAUGAUCCUCAGCUGCUAACGGAGCGAGCCUUACAUCAUGGAAUUGAUUUGGAGAAAAUCAAGGCUUACAUUGAUUCUUUCCGUUUUGGAGCACCACCUCAUGCUGGUGGAGGAAUUGGCUUAGAACGAGUGACUAUGCUGUUUUUGGGAUUACACAAUGUUCGUCAAACAUCGAUGUUCCCCCGGGAUCCUAAACGACUCACUCCUUAA